AAUCAGUAAUAUAUAUAUAUAUAUAACAAGAAAACAAGUACUGUAGUAAACUUAAAUAAUUUGUUAUUUAACAAUCCAGGAACAUUUUAAACUCAAUAACGAAGCAAAAAUGGCAGACCGUUUGACCCAAUUACAAGAUACAAUUAAUCAGCAAGCAGAGUACUUUUGCAACAGUAUUGGUGUCUUACAACAGUUCUCGACUCCAAGCAAAUUCCCUGGUUUUGACCGCAGCGGUUCACAAACCCCACAGCAACAACAGAGUCAAGAAGAUUAUGCUGUUCUAUUUGCGACAUUAAUCUCACGUUGUGCUAAGGAUAUUGACACUCUUAUCGAAUCACUUCCAAGUGAAGAAAGUUCAACAGAACUUCAGGUUCAAAGUUUGAGGCGUCUGGAGGCUGAGAACAAAGAAGCUGCAGAACAAUUAGAAGAGGUGGUCCGCCAAGGAGAAAUAUUGUUAGAAAAAAUUCAAGGUGCUCUUAGUGAUAUUGCCCAAUGUCAACUAGAUAUGCAGAAUCCAGCACAGAUUUUAGAGAAAGACUCAAAACCACAGUUAUAGGAGAUAAAUUAUGACGGAUGGUACCGUUGGUGAUAAAAAUACCAUUUUGUUAUGGAAAAAGAAGUUACACUCAAUUAAAUAAAUACACUUUCUAUAUCAGAUCAAGAAAUAUUUUUAAGCAUUUAUAAACAGUAUUCAAUUAGGUCAUUAACCAUAAAGUUUGUAGGUCUAGUUAUAACUUAGCUUAUGUCAUAUUCAGUAUCAAGGAAGAUAGAAUGAGAAUAAAAUGUAUGAACAUUCUCAAGUUAAAUUUUUUUUACGAAGUGUUGUCAUAAAAUAUAUAUAUGAUCAACCCUAUAUUCUGUAAAAACAUAUGUAUCUUCAUAAAACUGGCAUAGUAAACUAAAGCAAAAGAUGGGUAUUGAGUAUUGUCAUAAAUAAAUUAAACAACAAUUUGA